UUGAUGGGUGUCUCUCAAUUCAAUCUCCCCCUUCUCUUCUCUACGUGGGUUCUGCUGCUCCUCAAAGGAAGGUCUUUUCUUUCUGAUAAGUCCAUGUUUUGCUCCAUAUAAUCAUUAGGAGGGUUUCAUGUACUUUCAAUUGUACUGCUUUCAAUUUAGGUAUCCCACCUAUGUGACUGGCAAAUGCAGUGGAGUCAUCGAAAUCAAAAUCUUAUCAACACUGAAGUGGCUGCUAUGAAUCCAAGGAAUUGCGGCUGAAUCUUAACCCUUAUUUUCUUUUCUGUUGGACUUUAAAUUUGUUUCACGGCUCUUCUCUUUUCUAGGGUUUAUCUUGUUUUGGGUAUCCUUGAAAACAGACUUUUGCUCUGCUCUGCAAUCAUUUUCAUUCUUUAACACCUUGGGUGUAAGUAGGCAGCACAUUAGCUCCACUGUAAUUUAGGAUACAAGUAUUCCAAAGGAUCUCAAAUGGGCUCUGAAGCAUCAGGACCGUUUUCACCUUUUGGAGCAGGAAGGGUCAUCAUAAAGCCAGGAUCUGAUAGGUUUGUGCCUAUUUUGCCCUCUUCAAUUGGCUUUCAAUCAAGCCAGAUGCUUGCUUGUCAUUCAAACCAAAGUAGUCUUCAUAUAAACUCUGCAACUCCAACCCAUCAAGCACAGUUCAAUGAUGAAGUCCAUGCUGUGUUUAAUGCCCAAUAUAGCAAUAUCUGUAUUGAUAGCAAUUCUAUGUACCAGCCAUCCUCAAAUCUGAUUUCUUGUCAGACCAAGCCCACCAAGAGAUCAGUACUGUCUGUGGAAAAGAUGGGUCCAAGUCAUGAUGCACUGAAUUCUUCUAGCAGUGCAUCUGGGGGAAAUGGAGAAACAAUCUCUCCUUCUGAUGAUGAAGCAGAGAACCAACAUAUGAUAGAUGAGAGGAAGCAGAGGAGGAUGUUGUCUAACAGAGAAUCAGCAAGAAGGUCUAGGAUGAGGAAACAACAACGUUUGGUUGAACUCAAGGCUCAGGUGGAUCACUUGAGAGCAGAGAAAGGCCACAUACUCAACAAAUUCAAUAUUACUUCACAGUACUAUGCUGACAUAACUGAAGAAAAUAGCCUGUUGAGAUCACAGGCAUUGGAGCUCAAUCAGAAGCUACAACAACUGCAUCAAACACUGAAUGCUCAAUCACAUAGUGGCUUCAGAAGUGAAAGUGGGCAUUGCAAUGCUGCAAGUCUAAGUUUAGAAUCUGGAAAUAUUGAUCAGUUUUGGGCCUCUUCUGAUCUUUUGUUUUGAAACACAUUAGUAGGCCAUGGUUUGGUCUUCAUGAGGUAGAAUAUACAUAGAUUUUCUUUAAGUUUUGGGUUUUCCUUGUAUACUGUUUCAUUCAUCACAGAUUUUAAGGGUUGGCUGGUGGCGUUACCAAAUACAAGAUCUCAUGGAGUCACUACUCGUAGACACAGAAUAAUAUGAACCCCAAAGCAAUAUGGCAACUGUAGGGGACAGUGGGUAUGGAGAACCAUACGCAUACCUUAAAUCACCUAGGAGUUGGGCUUUGAGUAUAUUUCAUUUGUUAUGAUGUUUCUUUCUUGGAAUGUUUUUGGAGCUGUAAAUUAAGAUCUGUGAGCUAAGAAAAGCAAAUUAUAAUGGUUUA